CCGUGACCCACCCGUCCCAAUGCGGCAACGUUCUGGCCAAUCAUCGAUCCCCGCUCUGGCCCCAUGCCUUGCAGCCUCGCAAGGCUCCCAGGCUCUCUCUCUCUUACUCUUUCUUUAUCUUUUGUCUCUCUUUCUCCAUCUCUCGUUCUUCUUCAUCUCUCAUCUCCAUCUCUCUUUUUCACUCCUUCAUCUAUUCUUUUCUUUCUACUUUCGGGGUGUUGGAGUCUCGAUGGGUCAUCCCUUUCCCUGUCUCUCUCGUUCCUGAAUGCCUUGAUUCAUCCUCCCCUCGUUCCACGGUUUAUACUGAACUAACCAGGGCCCUCCACUUCCUCUCCCUUCUCUCUCAUAUAUCCUUCAUUGGGCCUAUUUGAUCUAUCUAAAUCGGUGGAGAUGGCGGAAGAAACUCAAGUGAUGUCGAUCCAGCAGCGGAUCGCUGCCUUGAAGCACGCUCAGACCGGUCAUGGGCCCGAGAGCGCUCCAUCUCCGGGGAUCGCAAAGCAGGUCACUUUGCCCGCACGCCCCGCCGCCCCCCCUCCCUACAGCGCUAUCAACUACUCCCCGGUCAAUGGGGAUACUCGACCACCGCCUACCCCGGGAUCGACGGGUCAAAGACCCAAGGUCCCGCCACCGUUGCCCUCGCGCAAGAACUCGAACCAACCAGCGCCAGCCCUGCCGCCCCGCCGACCGUCCCAGGACCCGUCGCGAAGGAACUCGGUAGAGUCGACGGCCUCGGACAUCUCUCGAUCAACUACAACCAGCGCAAGCCGAGCAUCAUCGAUCGCGACGUCAGCCACCUCGGUGGAUUCGGGUCGCUUGCGGGCGCCCCCCUUGGAGGAGGCCAAUCUCCCCCCCCUUCCGCCCAAGAGACAAUCCACCCAGCCAUCAUCGCGUCCGAUGUCAUCUCGCACGUCGAGUGAUUCCCAGCCCAGACUACCGCCCCGUCGACCCUCAAGCAACAGUCUCCGGACCAACGGCAGUAGCCUCACAUCCGCCGAUACUCGGCCACCUCUUCCUUCCAGAAACAGUCAGAGUCGAUCAUCUCUGGCGAACGGGGGUGUCAGUACUCAGCCAGCAACGAGGAAUCUUCCCCCACCGCCCACAGACAUCGUGCUUGGAAAUGCUAGGGAGUCUGGGUUCGGGCGCAUGAACCGAGCGUCUCCGGUUCCCAAUGGCAUUCCGCCCCCCGUACCACUUGCAUCCCGCCCAGACCUGUCGAAGCUCCAGGCCACGAAACCGCAUCCCCCGGCCUCCGGAACGUCGCCGGCGACACCCACCGCGUCGUGCAUGCUGUGCCGCGACUUCUCCGCCCCCGACGCCCACGCCGCGCGGUAUCCCCGUCAGUCGCUGCCCACGCACGAUCUGGGCUGGCUGGCCCGGGAGCUCACGGAGCCCUUCCCGUCCCAUACCGACAAGGCCCGGGCCCUCUUCACAUGGUGCCACCACAACGUCGAAUAUGAUGUCCACUCCUAUUUCAAUAAAUGCAUCCAACGGUCCACACCCGAGUCGACCGCCCGCACCGGGCUGGCGGUAUGCCAGGGCUACGGUGAGCUGUAUGCGACGCUGGCGAACAGCGUGGGUAUGGAGGCCGUCGUCAUCUCCGGUCACGGCAAAGGAUUUGGAUACAACGCCCCGGCGCCGGGUGCUCCGAUACCGACCCCGAACCUGGGCGGUCACGCGUGGAAUGCGGUCCGCAUUGACCAUGGCCAGUGGAAGCUGCUCGACGCAUGCUGGGGCGCAGGCAACGUCAAAGGCAAGGGACUGCCGUACGAGAAAGCAUUCAAGCCCGCCAUGUUCACCAUGUCCAACGACGAGUUCGGUCUCCGGCACUUCCCCAAGGACCCCACUCGAUUCUACCGGGACGAUGGUCGGCCGACGAUCACUUGGGAGGAGUACAUCCUCUCCAACCCGGAUGCGCUAGGGCCGAUCCGUCCCCCUCAGACCUUCCUCGGCCUCGAGGAGUUCGACAUUGACCCGCGCUCAUUCCGCCCGGGAGGCCCCACAAUCUCGAUCUCGCAACCCGGUCCGCUCCGGUUCCAGUUCGGUUUCCGCUGCGAGCAUUGGACGCUAGAACGGCACUGUCGCCAGCCACGGCCCGGCUGCUUCCUGCUGUGGACCCACGGGGUAGACGGCCGCCAGGUUCAGCGGCUGCCGUUCACGCACGUUCGGGGCAGCACGCCGGGUGGGGGCGGCGACUACUGGUAUGUUGACGUGCCAAAUGCGCGGAUGCUCGGGGCUGCGGGCCAGGAACUGAACGUUGCGGUCGUGAAGACCAUGGGCGAUCGACACGACUGCCGCGGUGUGACACCCGAGGAGUACCGGCGAGCGGAGGGGCGCGUGGGUAUGAGCUGGUCGUACCUGGCACAGUGGAAUUUGGUGGCGUAGAUCUUUCCUCUUUUUUUU